UCGAUAAUCUUCACCUUUAAACGUGUGCAGAAAGAGUUGAUUAUUUACCUGUGAGAACGGUCGCUAUAAAUACACAUCAUUUACAAAGUUCGAUAACAUGCAGACAAUUAAACCGGUGUUAAGAAGGAAACAAAAAGAUCAGUACUUAUUCUUGUUAGGGAUAUUUUUUUAAGAAUACGGUGACAAUGGAGAUACCACAGGAAAGUAUUGAUGCGUGUGGUAGUGAAGUCACUGUGGCCAUGCUUUGUGAAAAUGGAAAACAGUACCCAAUGUCCGAGAGUGUUAGAUAUUUAAAGAUGGAUCUGACCACGAUGAAUCCGAUUAAUGAUCCAGAAAGACCGCACAUCUGUACGACAUGCAGCAGAGGGUUCAAAAGUAAUGUAGAUCUACGAAAACACGUGAGAAUACAUACAGGUGAAAGACCAUAUGCUUGCAAACUUUGUGAUAAGACGUUCACACAAAAUGGAAACUUAACAAUGCACAUGCGAGCCCAUACUGGUGACAAACCUUUCAUUUGUGGCAUAUGCGAUCAUCGAUUUGUAAAUAGCAGUCACUUAAAGGCACAUGCGAGGAUCCAUACUGGUGAGAAAGUUAAACUACCGUUAAAACAUUUUUGUAGUGUAUGUGAAAAAGGUUUUACAAAUCAUAGGGACUUGAAAAAACACGUGAGAACCCAUACAGGUGAAAGGCCGUAUGCGUGUACAGUAUGUGAAAAAACAUUUGCACAAAAAGGCAAUCUUCAUAUCCACAUGAGAAUCCAUACAGGAUAUAAGCCAUAUUCUUGUGAUAAAUGCGGCAAACAGUUUGCAACCAAUAGUAAUUAUAAUGUACAUAUGAAGAUACAUGCUGGUAAAUUUUCACAAUAUUGCUCCGUUUGUAAUAAAGGUUUCACAAAUAACUGUGACUUGCAACAACACAUGAGAAAACACACAGGCGAAAAGCCUUUUCAAUGUAAUAUUUGCGGCGAGCGCUUUAAACGAGAUUUUAAUUUAAAAGAGCACACCAUGAGGAAACAUACAAAAGAAAAUAAUUACGUCUGUGGAGUUUGUGACAAAGGAUUUAUUCGUAGUACUGAAUUAAAACUACACAUGAGAGGCCACACAGGCGAGAAACCUUUUUCGUGCGAGGUUUGUGGUAAAGGGUUUAGUCAGAACUGCGAUUUGAAUAGACAUAUUAAAACCCAUGCUUCCCAGACAGAUGAGAAGUGUAGUAAACCAUUAGUUAAAAAGGUUGAUUUGAUCAGACAUAUGGAAUAUCAUACAGAAACCACAGACGAAAAUUGCAAAGGAAAUAAUCAAAAUAGCAAUUUGAAUACCUUUACAGAAUCAAAAAGUCAACCCAGUGACUUGACUAGACUUGUGGAAUCAAAUAGCCAACAUUAUGACUUGGCUAAAUGUGUGGUUUCCAAUACUAGUACUAUCAUAUCAGAUAGUUAUUUGAUAUCAAGCUCUAGUUCAAACAGUAUUUUGAUAGGACAAAGUGCUUCUAAUACAGAGAAAAGCUACAAUGAAAAUUUGGAUAGCGAUCUUGCCAAAAACAUAAUUUCUCAACCUAGUCAUCAUAACAACACAAUUGGGGAUUUAAGCCAAAUCAACUGUCUGAACAUCAAUAAAAGACUAGAUACUGUAGAGACCGGAACUGGGUGUUCCCAUGCAAGCGAUUUGAACACAACUGAAACAAUCCAUGUAGAAGUAAAACGACCGUUAUAUAUUUGUACAAAGUGUAAACGAACAUUUCCCGAUAGUAAUCGUUUACAAUAUCACGUGAAAUAUCAACACACUGUUACAGAACAUAACAUUUGUGGUAUAUGUGAUAACAUUUUCAGCUGUAAGAAUGCUUUAAGAAGGCACGCACUACUCCAUACAGAAAGUAAGGAACAGGACUUCGCGUACAACUGUAACUACUGCAGUAAACGAUUUUGGAACAAAAGCGAUUUACAGAAGCAUACGAGGAUACACACAGGAGACAAACCAUAUAAAUGCAAAAUAUGUCAAAAAGCCUUUGCCCGAGAUGGUAACUUAAACGUACACAUGAGGAGACACACUGGUGAGAAACCGUACGAGUGCAACUCAUGUGAUGAGAAAUUUACGUACCACAGUGGGCUGAAAUAUCACAAGAUGAUGAGAUGUCAUAAAACUUCAAGGGUCAAAUCUGCAAGCAUGGACGUAAGUUCUCUUGAUAAUGAACGGUCUUAUGUAAGUGUAGCUUGCAACACAGAGAAUGAAAUCAUUGGUCAGGCAGGUGCCUUCAUUAACACACAAACGUGUGAUAAAAGCAAUCCUAUCGAGAACGACAGUAACCUACCUCAAUCAGAGUCGAUCGAUCUAAAUCGCUCACAUGUUAGUACAGGUAGCAACAUCAAGAUCGAAAGCAUCGAUCAAGCAGGUGUUUUCGUUAACCCUGAAACGUUGGAUAAAAGCAAUCAUAUUAAUCAAAUUCCACGAGCAGAACCAGUCAAGCUAAAUCACUCACAUGUUUGUGUAGCUUGCAACACGAAGAAUGAAAACAUUGAUCAAGCAGGUGUCUUCAACCAAGAAAUAUCUGAUAAAAGGAACCAUAAUGAAAAUGACGAUGAACUUGCUCAAUCAGAAUCAGUCGAUCUGAAUCGCUCUCAUGAUAGUGUAGUUUGCAACAUGAAGAACGAAAACAUUGAUCAGUUGGGUGUCUUUAUUAACCCAGAGUUAAUUGAUAAAACCAAUCAUAUCGAGAAUGACAAUAAACCUCCUCAAGCAGAAUCAGUUGAUCUAAAUCAUAGGUUUAUGCACGAAAAUAUUCCUGAUGUUCCAACCUGUAUGAAACAGCUUUCAAAUGCUUCGGAAAUUCAAAAGUUCGAGUGUACAGUUGAAAUUGGUCAGGGGGUAAAUUCUGAACACAGUAUUGCAUUUCACAAGAAUUUUUCUGGAGACCAAACAGCUUUAUUUUCUCAGGAAAUGGAAAAUUGCAUAAAGAAAGAGUCCACCAGAACUAACCAAGAACCGCCCACAAUCACUUAUAAUACGCGCUCGCGAAUUAGAAUUGAACAAACACAUCCCUGUAUGACAACUGGCAGGUGUUGUCUGCACGGUACUAUAUUGAAAUAGUACUAUAUCGAAAUAGUAUACAAACAAGGAGUCUAUUUACUGAUAAACUUUCAACAUGAAGCUGUGUUGCGCGAAGGAUUACCGUGACGCACAAAACAUAAUAUCUUCAGUAGAGUCGGCGACGAAAGUCCCAAAAUCGUCUAAUAUCAUUCAUAUAUUACGUGAAAUCCUAUACACGGUGAAGAGGAGCAUAUAUUUCCGUAUUACGGCUUUUUCACAAAAUGUAUUUGCUGUAAGUAAAUAACUUUUGGGGUAAAUAACUUUUGAAGGAUGAGAUAUCAAAUUCCUUAUCCGUUUGUAAUUACUUUUUAUA